UCGCUCCCUCUCGGAUUCAGAAAAAAACACGGAUUUUAUCAACCUCCUUCUCGAACGCUUUGUGAUUGAGGAACAUUUAAGGUUUUGUGGAAUACUGUACCAUUCACAUCUGCAGGAUUUGUCGAAGAUAAAAUGUGGGAGAGAACAAUGAGACGGCAAGUACUGUUGUUUCUCUCGAUCUUUUACCACAGCUCAGUGUUCGGGCAGGUCACAUACUCUGUUCCAGAGGAAAUGACAAAGGGCUCUCUAGUUGGUAACAUAGCGCAGGAUUUAGGGUUGGACGUUAAAAGACUGAAGUCGGGCAAAGCUCGCAUUUAUACGGAGGACAAUGCAGAAUACAUCGAGCUGAAUAAAGACAGAGGAGCCCUGCUUGUGAAGGAGAGGAUCGACAGAGAGGCGCUGUGCGGGCAGACAACACCUUGCGCUUUACAUCUUCAAAUUACACUGGAGGACCCGAUUGAAUUCUUUACGGUUACAGUCGAAAUUAAUGAUAUUAACGAUAAUGCACCGAGCUUCAAAAAGGAUGAGAUGAAAUUUAGAAUCAGUGAGUCAGCUGUUAUCGGAGCGAAAUUUGUACUAGAGAGAGCCAUGGAUCUAGAUGUGGGUGUUAACGGAUUGCAGGGUUAUUCGCUAAAACCUACAGAUGAUUUCCAUCUAAAACUUCACAAUCAGCAAGAUGGUAGUAAAAAGGUUGAGAUGAUAUUGAAAAAACAACUAGAUAGAGAAGCGCAAGAGCAUCUCUCGUUGACGCUCACAGCUACUGAUGGUGGUGAUCCUCAGCUGUCGGGAACAAUGCGAGUAGAAAUAUCUGUGCUAGAUGCGAAUGACAAUGCCCCAGUUUUUACGCAGGAAAUAUAUAAGGCAACUGCUGUGGAGACUGCUCCAAAAGGUACCGUUUUGAGUACAGUUAGUGCUGUAGAUGCAGACGAAGGUUCCAAUGGAAAAGUGUCUUAUUCGAUAACAAACACGUUGGAUGAUGUCCCCGCCAUGUUUAAAAUAGACGAAGACAGCGGUGUGGUAUCUUUAGUCGGAAACUUGGAUUAUGAAAAAGCACAGCACUAUGAAAUACACGUACAAGCUAGUGAUGAUGGAGGACUAACAGAUUCAUGUAAGAUUAUUGUUGACGUGACAGAUACGAACGACAACCAUCCCUCAAUUAAUGUAAUGUCAAAGACUAAUUCGAUAUCAGAAAAUACCAGGCCAGGAACUGUAGUGACUAUAUUUAAUGUUCAAGAUCCUGACUCUGGAGAAAAUGGAAAAGUCUCAUGCAUUAUCGAAGAGCACAUGCCAUUUCUGAUGAAAACAACCUCGAAAAAAUUCUUUAGCCUCGUGACAGACAGUGAAUUAGACCGAGAGACCGCAUCAGAGUAUAACAUCACAGUGAGCUGCUCUGAUGAGGGAGUGCCCUCCCUCUCCAGCAGCGUCACUCUCACCUUACAGAUCUCUGACGUGAAUGACAACGCGCCUGUCUUUGAGAGG